UUAGAAUGUCGAUAUUAAUUUAAGUAUCUUUGUCACACUGUUUAUAAAAUUCUAAAAAAUAAAUAAAUUUGCGAUCUAAAAGAUAAUUAUAAUAUUUUAGAGAUAAAAUGAACAAAAUGCUCAAUCAUACUCUGUUUCGUAUUUCCUAUACUAGUAUAUUAUUUUAUCUUUAUAUAUUUGGGCUGGCGGACAAAAUGAUAACCAUACUAUCCGAACCUCAAACGCCACUGUCAGUCUGUCACUAACCACAGCUCGCUAGCGCCACGGCCCACAACCGCAAUUCGCCGACGCCGUCGCCGGAAGCGUUAUCAAUAUCAUCACCAAAUCACUCCAACGGUCAACAUGGCAAAACCAGAGCAGCAGAUGCAGCUGGUCUUCAUCCCAUCCCCAGGCGUCGGCCACCUAGCCGCCAUGGUCGAACUCGCCGACCUCCUCGUCCGCCGCCGCCCCACCCUCUCCAUCUCCGUCCUAAUCAUCACCACCCCUUCCACCGCCGCAACCGUCACCCGCUACACCGACUCCCUCCCUUCCACCCCUCGCAUCGACCUCGUCCACCUACCCAACACCGACGCGCCCCCGGCCGCCGGCGGCGAUUUCGCCAUGAUCGAAACCCAAAAGCCCCGAGUCCGAGAAGCCGUCUCCGCCGUAAUUACGCGCUCCCGCGGCGGCGCUCGACUCUUCGGGUUCGUCCUCGACAUGUUCUGCACCUCGAUGGCCGACGUGGCCGGCGAAUUCGCCGUCCCGUCCUACAUUUUCUUCACCUCCGCCGCCUCUGCCCUCGGAUUCGUCCUCCACAUCCAGGCCGCGCACGACGGCGAGGAGCGAUUCGACGUCACCGAGUUUCGGGGAACCGAUUUGGCCGUACCGAGUUGGGCAAGCCCGGUCCCCCGCUCGGCUUUCCCUACCAACGUCACGAAGAAGGAAUGGGUCCAAUUUCUGUACAGAAUCGCCCGAGACAUCAGGGGAAGCAGGGGAAUUUUGAUCAAUACGGUGAGGGAAUUCGAAUCCCACGCCGUGGAAUAUCUCUCCUCCGCCCUCAAGGUGUAUCCGGUUGGACCGAUUCUCAACCUGAAGGGCGGCGGCGACGACGCCGCAGGAGGGGCGGCGGCGGAGGCGAUUGAGUGGCUGGACCGGCAACCGGAGUCGACGGUGGUGUUCCUCUGUUUCGGGAGCAUGGGAGCCUUUCGCGAGGAGCAAGUGAGGGAGAUUGCCCGCGGGCUGGAAGCCAGCGGUCAGAGGUUUCUCUGGUCGCUCCGCCGGCCGGGACAGGGAGGGCCACGAGCCAGUCCGACGACGGACUACGAGAACGUCGGGGAAGUUCUGCCGGAAGGGUUCGCUGACCGGACGGCGGAGGUCGGGAGGGUGAUAGGGUGGGCUCCACAGACGAGCAUCCUGGCUCACAGAGCCGUCGGAGGGUUCGUGUCGCACUGCGGGUGGAACUCGACGCUGGAAAGCGUGUGGUUCGAGGUGCCGGUGGCGACAUGGCCGAUGUACGCGGAGCAGAAGCUCAAUGCGUUCCUGUUGGUGAAGGAGCUCGAGAUAGCCACGGAGAUCAGGAUGAGUUACAGCAGCGAGAGCGGGGAGAUCGUGACCGCGGAUGAAAUCGAGAGAGGCGUCAAGAAGUUGAUGGAGAAAGAUCGCUCGAGGGAGGCAAGACUGAAGAGAUUUAGCGACGACAUCAAGAAGGCACUGACAGAUGGUGGAUCUUCGUCGUCUUCGAUUGCUGAAUUUUUUGAGGAUGUGAGUAAUUGUGGCUUGUGAUAUGGCAAAAUCGUGGUUUAAUCGUAGUUCAAUCGUUAGAAUCGUUAAAUACCGUCUAUCAUUUAACUUCUAGUACUAAUAUUUUGUGGUUGAACCGCUGUUACGAUUUCAUGUACCAUGAAUAGUAUCGAGUUGUUAAGUUAAACUUAAGAUCAUCACAUCGCACCAUUUCAUAGUUUUCCAAUCUCAUUUUUCCAAUUUUUUUUAUGACUCGAAAUUCAGUUUUCUUAGCUGAAAAGUAAAAACAAUGAAGAAAAGUGUUCGAAAUGAAGACAAUAAUGAGACAAAGCUUUGUUGACAGAUUCUCCAUGUCUUCUUGUUCUUUUUUUUUUAAUCUUUCUUCUGAAACCUUUCUAUGCCUACGGUCCUAAAAGGAAAGCAGUAUAUCUCCAAGUCAAUCAGUGCUAAGUUGAAACCAAGGUUGUCAAAUCGGUUUGUGCCAGUGUGCCGGUUUAGCAAGUGGAAUGGUUCGACCGGUAGUACAUGUCGGUUUGUGCCGGUUAAUAUUACAAAUGAUUUACAAAUACUCAUAUUUAAGCACCACAUUUAACGUCAAUACCUAAAUAUUUGCCCUUGAAUCCAACAAAUAACAUCAAUAUUUAACUUUUUAACACAUAAAAUAAAUAAUAAAUUACUUUUUAUUAAAUAAAUUCACUAAUAUAAUAUCAUUUUACUUAGAGAUUCGUAUAUCGAUCAUGCCGGUCAUACCAGUAGUGUCAUACCGAUUUUAUGACCGGUACAGGUUGAACCAGGUUCAACCAGUGACACGCCGGCCGGCGUGACAACCAUGGUUGAAACUUGAAACCCACUUCUGUUCCUACACAAAUACACAAUUUAACCAUAAUCAAGACAAUCUCAAACGUAUAUCUCAAAAUCUCUGUAUUUCGUAAUAAAAGAAAGAAAGAAAAAAACUCACUAAACUACUACUCCAAGUCAUUUCUUUCCAAUACUGCACUCAACAAAAUCAACCAAGGAGCUAAAAAGGCUAUUAUCAAUGGCUACUGGGGCUAUAGCUAAUCAAGGUUCUUGCUUUGCUUCCAUAUCUAUCUCUUCUUUUCUAUCUGUUCUUCUUUAUUACAAAAGCCUUGCCUGCCUGCUGCUGCUAAAUGCUUAAUUAUGCAGGCCCUCAGAUUAGCUUUUGCCUCUCAAUAAUUCAGAAAAGCUAUGCAGUUCUUUACUCUUUGAUCCUGCUGCUAGGGUGGGAAAAUUAUUAGAGAAAUGAGAUGGGGUCUCCUUACCCCUCUCCCAUGAAGAAAAAGGCUGUCCCUUUGCAUGAAUAUCUCUUCAAUCUGAGUGCCCAAAGAUAAUAUGAAAAAGGAAGAAGAAUAUCUCUUCCAUUUUGAUGGAAAGAUGCCAAGCAAAAUCUUCUGGGCCCAGCCCUGGACAUAUGUGGGAUGAUUCAUUAUGCAACUGGAGAUUCUAGACUGUGCCCUUAAUCAUGGAGCAAUAUUAUCACACCACACACAGCAUGACGAUAGCUCGACUCGUGAACGAUUCAAAAGUAAAACGUUCAUUUACAUAAACCAUCAAAUGAAAAUUAGUUGAUUAGAUCAGAAAAAUUGUAUGCAUUAAUGUACAUACUCUCGAAACGACUUACCUAUGAUAUGAUUGCUAGCACAGAAGUGUGUGACUUUCGUAUAAUUGGGAUGAAUUGAUACUCAUACGAUAUUAGAGCUUUUGAUGAUCAAAAAAUUGUGAAUAAAUGAGAAAACUUUGU